AUGGCUACGGAAUGCAUCAAGAACUGCUGUCAGAUCUUUCAGUCCAAGAAGAAAGAACCUGAGUCUCAAGCGUCUGAGGGUGACUUGAAGAAGAGUAUUGGUGUUUCGGAGGACUAUAUCUUCUCAAAGUUACCCCCUGAUGGGAAAGAGGUCCCAUUUGUCGUCCCAACAUUCAAACCUUCUUACAUCCAGCCUAGAGGAUCAGGCUACCCUAGCUACCAAACUGCCCUUCAGAGUUCAGCAAGAACUACAUAUACAGAUAGGAAGGCAGAGCUGACAGGAACUGGUCACAAUGUGUAUGAUCCUUACUCCACUUCUCAGUCUGGUAAUAUAGCCAGUUAUGUGUCCCCAGGGUUGGCACGGCGACCCACCUUGAAAACCAGCAUCAACAGUCCUAGCUCUGCUUGGGACAGAAGUGGGAACCAGAGACUGAGUAUCUCCAUGUUUGACCUGUCUAGUUCUCACACUCAAAUUCAGCGCAAUGACUCAGUGUCCAGCGUCCAAAGCAGCACAUCAUCCAUGAAGGAUUCCUUUGGGAGCAGCCGUAGCCUUGAGUCCAUCACGCUGUCUGGAGAUGAGAAGGAGAGGGAUCGAGAGCUGGGGAAAGUCUAUGUGCAGCUGAGCUAUCAGGAGGCUGUGGAGCAGGUGUGGAUCACACUGGUGCAGUGUUCUGACAUGAGUGGUGUGGAGCAGCAGAAGAUUGGGAUCAAAGGCGUCAUCACCAUGGCAAAGCCGGUGCAGUUUAAGAGCUCUGUAAAGGAGGCCUCUCAAGACACUGUGUUCAUGGAAACCUUUGUCUUCACGCUGAGUCUGCAGCAGCUGCGCAGCUGUGCGUUGGUGCUUCGACUGCAGACACACACACCACGGAAACGCACCAUCGGGGAAUGUGCCCUCUCCCUCCGGCAGCUGGGAACACGGGAAACUUAUCACUGGCUGGAAUUUAGACCCCCCUCCAAAAAUCAUAUGUGCCAUGCUGAGCUUCAGUUGGCCACGUGUUUCCAGCCAGUCAGCAGUCGCAUCCAGCUCCAGGUCCUUUCCGCCCAGAACCUGCCAUCCUCAUCCUCACCUCUUGGACAAAGUUUCUUUGUGAGAGUGGAGAUGUACUCUCAGGGCAGGCUUCUGCUGAAGAGGAAGACGCGCGUGCUGAGGUCGAGCGGCGGGCUGGUGCAGUGGGGAGAGGCCCUGCAUUUCCCGCUCACCGCUCAGGACCACGACCUCCAGCUGCUUGUCAAGCUCUGUAGCCGAAGCUCCGUCCGCAGGAAACACUUCCUCGGUCAGGUCCAUCUGGGCUUUGACAGCCCUUGCCCAGUGGCUUUGGAGCAGUGGACAGACAGCAUUUCUCAUCCUGAAAAAGUGGUUACAGCAUGGCACAGUCUUACCAGGCCAUGA